GAUGGGUUUCUGCUACUACUGACAUCAGAGGUUGAAUAAGUGGAAGUUAAUACGUCUCCCUCAUCCUAAUUCUAUCACAUGUACAAGCCUGCGCCACCCAGACCCAAAAAGACAAACAUCAUCCGCUCCCGCAAUGGCUGUCGGAGUUGCCGCAGCCGCAGAACCAAGUGUGAUGAGCGAAAGCCCACAUGCGGGACCUGCGCACGACUUGGAAAGAUCUGCGAAUAUGCUAGACCAGCUUUCAAAUUUCAAAUCGCGACAGUCGGUGACCCAAAACCAUCAUCAAAUCAACUAGCAUCCGCAACAACAUCCAGUGUAUCGUCAGAAGAGACAGGACCAAUACCGACUGAAGACCAGACAUUGGCUGUCCGAGCUGCAGAAGAUGUCCCCUCCAUCGGAAGCCAUAGCAUUAUCCAGUCAUUGCAAAUGACGGACCGCGAUGUCUUCUAUACCACCUACUGGGAAGGAUCUUGCUUACCAGCCUUGCACCCGAUAUUUCAUUUUGCUACUUCAUUUGCCACUGACCAUCCCAUCCUCAACGACGCCCUUUUGGCCCUAUCCUCGUGCAAUAUCGGGCGCCUUCAUGCUGAGCGCAGAACACCCUCGGCCGGCACGAUGUGUUCAAUGAGUCCUAGUCUCAUCCACCAGACACGGAGUCAUCUAUACUACUCGUCCGCAAUCCAGAAGUUGGCCAUCAUGCAAUCACAAGACUACCAACGGAACUCAGUCACAAUAUUAACUGUUCUUGUUCUGUUCGCUCAUCUGGAGCAAGCCAUGGGCAAUUUCCAGGGCUUUUACACUCACGUCCGGGGGACUAUGAAUCUUCUUGAAUGGCAUGAAGACGUCAAAGACGCAGCCACCAAGUCGCUGCUUGCUUCGUGGAUGCAAAUCCGCUAUGUUGUAUGGUGGGCUCGAGCCUAUUUCAGUUCAUUAGAAGUUUGUCAGCAUCUUCCAUCGAUACCCUUACCAGCCUCUCUGUUAGACGUACCCCAGACACUACAUGAGCGACGUGUGAAAGUCCUUAGCAUCAUGUGUGAAUCACACCGAUUGAACUUCAGUGCCGCACUGCAGCAGUUUCGGAAGUCUCGGUCAGACGACGUUAGUGGUUCCGAUUUCGACGAAUGCUAUGCAUAUUGCACUACUCUAUUGCACCAAGAAGCGGCAAAGCUGGGUGCGUGGGUGUUGCAACUUCCGCCAUCCGAGCAGCCAAUUUACGAGCUCAACGACACAGACAGCACUACAAUCCGCUUCCAGUCCCACGAUGCCGCGCUGAACUAUGCAUACUACGUAGUUGCACGAGCCAUGCAGUGCACGGGUGUUCUGCGACUGCUUUAUGACCGCGAAUCCGGCCUUCACGAAUGGGAGUGUAAUGAAGAGGAAUAUUGGGUUCAGACAUUAGUCCGGAUUGCACAGUGGAGCGAUAUGCAAACGUCCAUUACCAGAAAUAGCUACACUAUCGGGUUCUCGGGCUUACUCUUGGCGGGUAUUCUCCGAUGCCAGAGUCUAUCAGUCGGAUUGGAGAUCCAAGACUGGUUACAGACGCUCAUCCAUCUGCAACCAACCGAAGAGGGGGCGUUUCCUAUCUAUCAGACCUUAAAUGUGGUCAAGGUUAUCAAUCAACAGAGGGCACUCGGCCGGGAUGUUUUUGCUGUCACUCAGCCAGUGGAUGAUGGGGGUGGAACACCCAAGCUUACUGGAUACAAUAGCCAGUCGAUUACAAGCCUUCUCUUCCAUGGGAAAGACCAUAAUCUCGAUUGUCUUUUCCAAGAUUGCAUCUCCCUGGAUUUCUGAUUCACUCGACAAUGGAAUAACCCUUUCCGGCCGGGCACACUUAGUCGCAUGUUGUGCGCACCAUUACUGGAGUAUGCAUCCUCCCUGACAGACGGUCAGGUGGUUAAGCGAAGCACAUCCGAAGAGUGCCCUGUCGGCUCCCUCAGAAGAGAAUCGACGCUUUCGGGUAGAUCCUUGUACAACCAAUAUGCAGGCCACAAGGAGAUCGCCCGCAAACUGGCUUUUCGAACUCCCUCCAGAAGAAAUUACAACAGGGCCAAUGUAAAACGACAGCCGCCUUGAGCCGGCUUGGGCCGUGAGGAGGCAUUAUCAUACAUCCAUCCCGCCGCAUUAAUCCCACCACUCAAUGACCGGCUAGGGUCACUAUUCGAAACGGGUUUCUAACUCACCCGGACAGUGCUGGA